AUGGCAAAAGACGAAAAAGACGGAAAAUCCACGCCUCCUCCCGGGUUCGAGCCCGACGCUCCACCGUCAUACGACGAGCAAGAAGAGCAAGCGCAAGCGCAGAAACUGCCUCAGAUCCCUCCCCUCGAUCUAUCCGAUCCCGGCCCGCCAACAGAGUCCACCGUCGCGAAAGACCAGUGCAUUGCGCAUCUGAAACUCCUGGCCGCCUUCGCCGACCUGCGGGAUGCCGUGUCGUGCGACGACGGCCUGUUCGGCAUCUACGACGCCCAGGCGGACAAGUUCGCCUCGCAGCAGGACCGGUUCCGUGCUCUCGCCCGCAUCAGAGAGAAGCGCUGGGCUGUAUACACUGCCCGAGCCGUCGAUCGCUUCACGUCGUGGUGGUCGACCUGCGUGCCGACUUGGGGCGAUCCGCCCACUUUGCUGGACCUCACGGAUCCCAAGUAUCUUGACAUCACCAACCCUGGUGAUCGUAUCGUGUGGACGCGGGACAAGAUGCCUCCUUUGGACGUGGUGAUGGUCUGGCACGCAUACAUGCUCAACCCACGCUCCUUCCUCGAAGACUGCAUCCGCAAUGCGAAAAUGACCUUCUGGGCGGCUGGUCUCCCCUGGGACGUUCUCGACCAGUGUAUCGACAACCAGUCCUUCGAAUACCGGCCCGGAGACGCGGCCAAGACCAGCUUCGAGACGCGGGUCGGCCGGUCCUGGGACAAUCUGGACGACCUGCCUGAGAAGUUGCUCGAUUGCCCCCGCUGCCAAAAGUCCUUCACUGUUCCCUGGACGAGCGGCGAGAUGAGUUCCGAUCUGGACAAGGCGUUCGAGUCUGCGACGGGCUACGCGGACAAGAACUUGCAGUGCUCCUGUCCCCACUGUUCGUACUUCGUCGACCACCAGCGACUCCGGGUCGCAAAGUUCCGCAAGGAUCUGGAAGCGCUUAUCCAGGCUGAUCGGCCGAUGCCCGGCACGCUGUACAACGUCAAGGGGAUCCCUGAAUCCAGCACCGCGAAGCGCCACCCUCAGACGUUUCCCAACCGCCUGCUCAAGGCGGCCUCGCAACGCUUGCUCCGGUCCACCGACCCGCGGCUGGAGGAGACAUCAUCCGUGAAGGACAUGCAGAGUCUCCGUCGCGACUUGGGAGAGCUUUUCAAGGACAAGAAGGUGAUGACGGAAGCGAACUGGGUGGCCAACAUCCUGCUCUGGGACGAGAGGAUCGCCUUCCGGCGGAUGAUGUCCCGCUACUGGGAGAACAGCUCGCCGUUCGCGCUCGACCUCGUGGGCGCGGUGAUCCGCCAGGGGACCUUCGUGCAGAAGAUGGACAAUCUCGACUGGAUCCAUUCGCCGGCGCUGAGCGCGACGAUGGAGCGGCUGAUCCGCAAGUACGGCGUCUUCUUCGAGAUCAUGAGCCGGUACCCGGACAAGAUGGCGGUGCCGACGCUGGACGUGGACCUGGCGUGGCACACGCACCAGCUGUCGCCGGCGCGCUACUUCGAGUUCUCCAAGCAGCAGACGAAGGGCACGUUCAUCGACCACGACGACAAGGUGGAGGAGAACAAGCUGUCGGAAGGCUUCGAGUGGACGAGCAAGAUUUACAAGAAGCUGACGGACGGCGGCAUCUACAGCGAAUGCACCUGCUGGUACUGCGAGGCAGUCCGCGAGCCUAUCCUGUACAGCGGCGGGCUCUUCCGCUCGGGCUCGACGGCGCGCGCGCGCUCCGCGGCGGAGAACCUGCACCACGAUCCGAACAUCUCGUCCGACCCGGAGAAGAACCCGCACAUCUCGGCGCACAACGCCGUACGCGCGAAAGGCGACCCUCUGUCGUUGAGCGCAGCGCGGGUCAGGGAGAUGCAGCUGCGGAACAACUACGAGAAAGCGCGGCGGCGGGCGGAGAAGCGGCGGAGCAAGAAUAGCAAAAACAAGGACUCCGGCGACGCCCUGUCCUACGCCCCGAUGGUCUGGGGCGUCCCUCUAGCCGUAGGGUUCUACGCGCCGUACAUGAGCGACCCGGGCGUCAACGCGGACGCGUACGCCUGCAACCCGGCAUGCAUGAACGGCGGGCUGCACGCCUACGGGAACUGCGCUGCAAGCACGUGUGCCGCCGCCGUGGCAGCGGCAGGUUGCGGAACAGCAGCGGGCUGUUCGGGCUUGGUGCUCGGCGCGUGGAAAGUCGACAACGUGGGCUUGGGCGCGGGGAACGCGGGAAACUGCGGAAUAGGCGGCUUCUUCGGAGCGUGUGGCGGAGGAGGAGGAGGAGGUGGUGGUGGUUGUGGAGGGAGGAGGAGUUCGGAGGGGGAGGAGGCUGUUGAAGAAGACGCAGAAGUGUGA